AUAAGUGGCCUAUAUAAUUACACAACGUUCCCAUUUUCUACCAUUUAUGAACAAGAGAUAGUCAUUUAACAAUUUAAUUCCAUUUCCACGUGUCCGAAAGCUAUUUUUAGACACAGCAAGCAUGGCGUGAUGUUGACACACGGUGUGAUUUCGUGUCCAGUGAAUUGCUCAAUGUAUUUUAAAUCUAGAACUUCUUGCGGGUAUUUAAAAAUCUGGUUUCUGUUUUGGGUUAUUCAUUUCAUGCUGGCACAUGUUCUUUUGUGUCAAUGGCAGUUCGGGGUUUAGUGAAAUCAAUGAUUAUUUGUAUUUGGUUGUUUUAACGUGGAUAUUCGAAAGGGGAUAGAAAUUUUCCUCUGUUACAACAAGAAACCGAUUCAAGUUCUUUCUGGAGUUGUGCCAAUUUUGCUUCUUUUGUUUUUGCUGUAUUGGUACAUAAUGUUCAACGACACUGGACAAUCAAGCAAUUUAUCAACUUCAAUGUUUAGCACUGCAAAGCCGACUGGCAUGCCUACCUUAGAAAAUGCCACGGUUCAAAUUUCCAUGGAAAAUGCAACUAACAACGUGACUGAUGUUUCCAACCAGACCAUGCCUUACACAACCCCAGAAGAGGAGGUUAGGAACUUUUACAUCGGCCUGUUCCUGGCCAUCGGUUCCAGUAUAUUCAUCGGAUCAAGCUUUAUUUUUAAGAAGAGAGGAUUAUUGAAACUUGCGAAACACCAAGCAACUAGAGCAGGAGAGGGUGGCUAUGGUUACCUCAAAGAAUGGCUGUGGUGGGCUGGAAUGAUUCUUAUGAUACUUGGAGAAUUUGCCAACUUUGCAGCUUAUGCGUUUGCCCCGGCAACCAUGGUAACACCUUUAGGGGCCUUGAGUGUUCUAGUAAGUGCCGUUUUGUCCUCAAAGUUUUUGAAGGAGAAACUAAAUUUGCUUGGGAAGGUGGGCUGUGGAUUGUGUAUUCUGGGAUCCACAGUUAUGGUUCUACAUUCUCCAAAGGAACAAGAAGUGGAGAGUAUGGAAAAACUAAUAGAGAAAAUCAAGGAUCCAGUAUUCAUCAUCAUGGCCAUUCUACUGUUGACAAUAGCAAUACUCACCAUCAUCUUCUUGGCGCCACGCUAUGGAAGUAAAACGGUCAUAGUCUACAUUACGAUAUGUUCUUCUCUGGGAGCAUUUACCGUCAUGGGAUGCAAAGGAGUGGGUGUUGCCAUUAAAGAAACCUUCAAAGGCAGGAAUGAGUUUACAAACUGGUUAACAUGGGUUCUACUCCUGGUGGUGGUAGUGUGUAUAUUAUUCCAGCUCAAUUAUCUCAAUAGAGCUCUAGACACUUACAAUACAGCUGUUGUCACUCCUAUAUAUUAUGUUUUCUUCACCUCAUUUGUUAUCUUCAUGUCUGUGAUAUUGUACAAAGAAUGGGGCAACAUGAGUGGAGUGGACAUAGCCGGUGAUAUAUGUGGUUUCCUUACCAUCGUGAUUGGCAUUUUCUUGUUGCAAGCCUUUAAGGACAUGAACAUUUCCCUAGCAAACCUUCCCAAGGCCAGGAAAGAGGACAGUAUGCUCAAUGGAGAGGCAUUAGUAGAAAGAUUCGAUGAUGAUGAGCAACAUCUUCUAGAUAAUGACAGUGAAGAACCAGCACUUCAGUUACAAACAGACUACGAUGAUCCACAGUCUUUUACAGAAGACUUCAGGCCAUAAUUGCAUAAUGUUUAUCAUAUUUGUUGUCACAUAACUUUCAUCCAUUCAUUGAUUUUUAGCUCGCCUUGAUGAAGUUGGGAAGAGCUUUGCCAAACCCCUGUCAUAUUCCCUAAUAACCUUUGAUUUUACUUUAACCAGAAUUGCAUGGAAGUUACAUUUUGUGAUGUAAACCAUCAAGCUUGCUUCAGAUGUUGAGUGCAACCUAUGUUUUCCAGAUGACUUGACUAUGUUAAAUUUUUUAAGAAGUUUUUUAAAUGCCGGUUGCAUUCAGUUGUAAAUACCUACCUAAACUAAACUUCUGAAGUACAGAGAAGACUGCUACCAGUUUGCUUUGGAUCCUGAGUUUGAUUUGUAUGAUAUCAAUGAGUGACAAAGAUAAAGUUUAAAGUAGCAUCCUGCCUUAUAUAUCCGAUUCUUUCAAACAAAGUAUUUGUAUUUCUUACUUGGACCAAAUUUAUUUGAUUUGUUGAUAAUAGGUAUGCAUCUUGGGAUGAUGGGCAUGUCUUACAUUUUCAGGAUGGUUUACCAAAUUAAAACUAUUGAUGCAUACCUAUUUUCAUUUUUUUGAAGCCAAACCAGGAUCACAUUGCAUGGGUAAUGCUUACACAAAUUUUGCUUCAGAUGCUGAAUUCUACAGCAAGUCCAUGAAAGAGCUCUGUACAUGAUUUAUUUAUUCUGAUUUAUAAUCCUAUAGUGAUAUGAUAUAACUUUAUAUUAUAACACAAUAUGUCUUAUAAUAUACAUUAUAGAUUUAUGUUAUUGUGUAUACAUUAUUUGACAUGCACCAUACCAUACCAUUUGUCAAUGUAGUCAUAUCAAACAUGAUAUCAACAUAUAUAUCUAAGAUACUUGUAUCAUUACAGUAGUAGAAAUAUAUAAUCAUGGCAUACAUGUAUAUCAUUGCAUUUUAUGCAAGCUAUGUGUCCAUCCUAUGUUUUUAAAAUCAUUUUACUUGCAUUAAGUGUCCCUUUAUUGUCAUGACUUUGUAUUGAUUUUGCCAUUAAUCUUUUAUAGUGAUCACCUAUUAUACAAUUAUUGACAUUUUGAUGUCAAUAUGAUGCUUUAAUACAACAUUCACUGAAAUCAGAGGGUGAGGUGAAUUUUGUAGCUCAAGGGUAGCAACAAGCUCUACCCAGAGUUAUCGUUCCUUACGAUGACGUUACUCUGUCAAUGUCUUGAGGUUUUUUAAGAUUCUUGUAAAACAUUAAAAAUCCUUAAAUAAAAUAUUGUUUCGACUUCAGUUGCAAAAAUAUGCAUAAAUAAAUCAAUAUCAAGCAGAUGUCAAGUCUUUCUGUGACGCAAGAAGCAUUGAAUUGCGCUGAACACAGAUGUCAUUUGAUACCACUUCUAGUAUAUAUAGGUAUACAUGCAUUGUAAUGGGACAUAAAAACUACAAUAAGUUGCUUGCCCUACAUUUUCUUGAUAUUACAUAAACUUUAUUUCUAUUAAUCAUGGAAAUGGGGAUUUACAUUUGGAAUAACACUGCUAAUUUUGAGAUGUUGACAGAGGUAUGUGGGAGUGUAAGGAACAAUAACUCUGGUUAGAGACUGGGGUAGCAAAAGGAUCAUUUUGACUGAGAAAAUGUCAAUAAUUGUUUUAUUAUAUGAUUGAAUAAUUUGAAACUGACUACUAGAGCAUACAAAAAUCAUAUCUGGUUGGCCAUUUUUGUAUACAGCUGGACUGCACCACCCAGAUGAAAAUGAUGAGAGGAGAGUUUUCUAGAGGAGUGAAUAAUUCAAAAAUUGAAACCAGCUGUUAGAAUAUGUAGAACCUCCCAAACAAUACCUGAGUGGCCAUCUUUAGAUCCAUGUUACUAUAAUUCAACAAUUGUUACUCCAGUUCAUGAUAGAAGUCACUCUAUAAUUAUAGUGCAAUACAGUCACAAGUGAGUGGAGACAUGACUUUUCACAAUCUAAUUAAAAUUAGAUGUUAGAUCCGCUCACAUACUCGUUAGUGUAGCGAGUAUGUGAGCGGAUCUAACAUCUAAUUUUAAUUAGAUUGGACUUUUCAUUAUGUGACCAAAACAUAAUUAUCAAUUUUGAAAUUCCCGAUUUAUUUUUGGCCCAAUGUUGGAGAAGUUAAAUGUUGUAUUUACCUCAAACAAAAUGUGCAGGUGAACAUAACAUUGUUUUUCUAACAUUGUUGAAUCUUUGCCUAUCAGAAAUCACCGAAUUAUUCUAUCAUAGAAUAAAAUUAUAGCUUUAAAAAAUGUUUUAUUUGAAAUACAAAAUAUGAAUUUUUUUUAUAUGGUAGUAAGUGUACAUUAUUGUAAUGAGUCAUUAAUUUAGAAAGGUAGAUAUAGUCGGAUAUUUUUCAUUAAUUAAAAAUGAAUGUAUUGUAUUAAACAAGACCAGAGAUUAUUAACUAUCACAUUAAUUUAGCUUUAUAUUUAAACCCAGGGUAUUCUUGUGUGCCACAUCUUUGUUGUAGUAGUAUAUUAUUUUUAGUGUGUAGUACAGAAUGAUUUGUUCAGUGAUCAUUUUCACAAACUGUGUCUCAGACACAAAUAUGGUUGCCAAAUUCAUAAAAAAGAUUUUUUUAUCAGCAAGAUGUUAUAUGGUGUAUUUCAUGAUGCUUUGUAUUUCGACCUCAUACCAGAAUAGUUUUAUUGACAUCAACCAACUGAAAAUAGGUUUUUCCCUUGAAGAGAAAUACAUGUAUAUCUUUUGAUGUUAUUUUCUAAUUCUUGUUUUUAACAGUCAUGAAAACUUAGAAUCUAUCAUUUAUAUAUAUUUACAUUUCCAAUGUUUUUGCCUUUGAUAUCUUUACAAAUUGCAAUGUCCUCAUGAAUGGGUUGAACAAUGCAUGUAUGAAUCUUGAUAAAUAUACAAGUAGUACAUCUAUCUUAAAGGCUGGGGAUUCUGACAACAAUAAAAACGAAAUGUAAGUAUAAAAAAUAAAUUCUCAUUUUUGAAAGUACAUGUGGGUUUGAACUGCAACACUUCACGGCUACUUUUCAUGGAGCACGGACACACUUCUUAUAGUACAUGUAUACUAACAUAAAAUGUCACAGUUCAUACCCUCAUGUGAAAUUUUCUUAAGUAAAUAUUGAAUUGUCAUUUAAAUAUGAAAUUAACAAAAAAAAAUUAUUUCAUUCAAAAGAAAAAAAUAUGUACUGUAUAUCAUGAUAUCUUAAUAACCAGAAAAUGAUCUCCAAAAUUGAUAUUAGAUCUUAUUAGUGGAUUGGUAGGGGGACUAGUUUCAUAGUAAUCAAUGACAUGUCUUUCAAGCACACAUGAUAAGUGUCAUCAUUGGGAGGAGGUGGUAUUUUUUGUGUGCGUAAUAUUUCCAUACACAAUACCCCAUAGCUCCCCAUUCUAUGUGUUAAACAUUCACAUUUUAGAUGUACAAGCAUACUUAAUAUUUUCUCAUUUAGUAUUGUAAUAAUGACUUGUAGUAGACACCACCAUUUUUUUCUACAUUACUGUGACUUGAGAUUAUUUCAGUUUGUAAUUAAAAUGGGGGCAGAUUCAAAUAUAGGAUGAAAGUGAUAGGGGAAAAUAAUUACCAACAAUUUGUUUGGGAGGGGGUACCUUUGUCAUAUAGCACUAACUAAGGCCAUUGAUCUAAUGGCCCCAACACCGUAAUUGCCACUUGGAGACCAAAGCCUUCAUAGACUUGACUGUUUGAUUCCUAGAACAGCAAGACAAGGACUGUCAUUUUCCAACCUAUGCUAUGAAAUUUCCCAUGGGAUAGAUUGUUCUAGUCAUGGAAGGAAUGAUUUCUGAAUUUGUGUGUGUGUGUGUUUAAGGACUAUCAGUUAAUUUAUUUUUUAUCUCAUAUUAACAAUACAGAAACUGGUUUCUGUAUAAGUGUAUGGAUAUUUGUAUUUAUGUUGAGUGAAUGCUGGAACAUCCAUGUAUAUAGUAGAUCCAGUAGAGUUCAUUUAUUAUGUGAUUACUUAAUUCAGCAGAUUCGUCAUUUAAUAUCAAUUUACCAGAACAUGAAAUGUUAUUCUCUGAAGGAAAUAAAUCCGUAUGUCAGAAUUAGUGAUAAAUAAAUAAACAGAAUAUUUUUUAGUUUACAUGAGCAACUUCUUGUGUAUUAAUGCAGAUAUUGAUUACUUUCCAAUAUAAACGUGAAAUGAUCAGUAAUAGUGGCACUUAAUAGAUUUGACCAUUUUGACUUUUGUGUUGUACUAACCCAUUUAUCUGAUUCGAGUGUUCUUUGACAAUCUCAUUCCAUAGAAAAAUUUUAAAAGUACUACUCAUUCAUUGCUAUCCGUAAGAAUAUUUACUUUCCGUAGUGAUGGAAGUCUGUCAUAAAUGAAACAUACAUGUGUUUGGGAAAUCAGAUAGAUUAUUAUCGGUAUUUAUUUUCGAAUCUAAUUUAGAAAAUCUAAGUGCAAUGAAGUACAUUGUAAUUUAUGUCAUAAUUGUAACAACCAACAAGUAUUUUCAGACAGGUUUUUGUUCAAGCAGUAUUCUUGUCAACCAUUGAGAAUGACUAUGGGCUAAAAUAGGGUUUUAAAUGCAUUACGCCACUGCCAUGUAGCAGUUAUACCUGUUUGUUCUUGACGAUUUUAUGAAGGCAGCACAGGGGCUUACUUCCUUUAAAAUAAACACAACUAUAUACAUACAUGUAUUUUAAUAUGUAUAGUAUUGUUAACAAUUUUUUUCUAAACGGAAGCAAACCCCUGUGAAGGCAGAUUGCAGGUAACCAAUACACAGAUAAAAGAUCCAUUUUUACAUUGCAUUCAUCACGAAAAGUGUUAUGACCAAUUAUCUAUUUAUAUGAGGUAUUGUUGUGAUACCAAGAGCCAAUCUCCAUUUGACGCACAAGAUCUGGAUAUUCGACUUAUCUGAAUAGCUGCAAGUACAUUCCAUUGUAUGAUUUUUACAUAUUUAUGUCAUAUAGAUUGUUAUCUCGUUUGAGAAUGUGAAUAAACAUUUAUUUUCACAU